CAGAGACAUCAGAUUUAUUUUAGACUAUUUGUGGUUAGCCAGACAUGAAUAAUAAUGAUAAGCAAAGAAUAAAAGCACCGAAGGCGUCCAUUUUUUAGAUUUGUUAAGCAAACACUAUUUUGUGGUAGACACCCUUUUGCGAUGUGUGAGGGUGAUUGAAUUUACAUAUAUAACCUAAUUGAUGCAGUCGCCAAUUCUCAUAUGCCCAUUAAUCCCAUAUAGCCAUUUACUACCAAUCAGAUGUUCUCAUGCACUCGACUCCUCCGACCGACCAACAAUUGGUUCUCCACUCUUCCCAAAACCCUAUAACCUACUUCACGGCCCCGAAACCAGCCUCUAAAGAAAACCCGAUUCCUUACAUUGUCAAAAAAUGCAUUGCCCUUUUGCAAAUUUGUGCCUCGUCCAAAUACAAACUACAACAGAUCCAUGCUUUUUCCAUCAGGCAUGGUGUCCUACCCAACAACCCAGACAUGGGCAAGCACCUUAUAUAUUCUAUUGUGUCAGUUUCAGCCCCCAUGACUUAUGCUCACAAUAUCUUUACCCUGAUCCAAAACCCAAACAUUUUCACUUGGAAUACUAUGAUUAGAGGCCACGCUGAGAGUGAAAAUCCAAAACCAGCUAUUGAGUUGUAUCACCGCUUGCAUUUCAAUUCCAUUGAACCCGAUACACACACUUACCCUUUCCUUUUAAAGGCUGUCUCUAAAAUGGUGAAUGUUAGAGUAGGUGAAAAGAUACAUUCCAUUAGUAUAAGAAAUGGGUUUGAGUCACUAGUGUUUGUUCAAAACAGUUUGAUGCAUAUGUAUGCUGCUUGUGGGCAAUACGAGAGUGCACACAAGUUGUUUGAGUUUAUGCUUGAUAGAGAUCUUGUAGCAUGGAAUACAGUGAUUAGUGGGUUUGCUCUUAAUGGGAAACCCAAUGAAGCUUUAAAACUUUAUAUGGAAAUGGGUUUAGAGGGUGUUGAGCCAGAUGGGUUCACUCUGGUUAGCUUGCUGUCUGCUUGUGCUGAGCUCGGUGCUUUGGCCUUGGGUAGGAGGAUUCAUGCUUAUAUGGUUAAAGUUGGGUUGGAUGAGAAUUUACAUGCCAAUAAUUCCCUUAUAGACCUUUAUGCAAAGUGUGGACGCAUUAGAGAUGCACAGCAGGUAUUUGAUGAGAUGGAGUUGAGAAAUGUGGUUUCUUGGACUUCUUUAAUUGUUGGAUUGGCUGUUAAUGGGUUUGGAAUGGAAGCAAUUGAGCAUUUUAAGGAGAUGGAGAAACAAGGACUGGUGCCAAGUGAGAUUACUUUUGUCGGUGUCUUAUAUGCUUGUAGUCAUUGUGGGAUGGUAAAUGAGGGGUUCAAUUACUUCAAAAGGAUGAAAGAAGAAUAUAAUAUAAUGCCUAGAAUGGAACAUUAUGGAUGUAUGGUUGAUUUGUUUGGUAGAGCUGGCUUGGUGAUCGAUGCAUACAAAUAUAUUCAGAAUAUGCCAUUGCAGGCUAAUGCUGUCAUUUGGAGGACCUUGCUAGGGGCAUGCACGAUACACGGGCAUUUGGCUUUAGGAGAGAUUGCAAGAGCCCAACUAUUGCUGUUAGAGCCUAAACAUUGUGGAGACUAUGUGCUACUCUCCAAUCUUUAUGCAUCGGAGCAACGCUGGUCAGAUGUGCAUAAUCUGAGAAGGACCAUGCUUCAUAAAGGAAUAAGAAAAACUCCAGGGCAUAGCCUAGUCGAGCUUGGAAAUCUUGUUCAUGAAUUUGUUAUGGACGAUAGGACUCACCCUCAAAGCGAGGCAAUAUACAGGAUGUUGGUAGAGAUCUCAAAGAAGCUGAAAUUGGAAGGUUAUGUGCCUUGCACAUCAAACGUGCUUGCAGAUAUAGAGGAUGAAGAAAAGGAAAAUGCCUUGAUUUAUCACAGCGAGAAGAUUGCAGUCGCGUAUAUGCUUAUCAAUACACCUCCUGGAACCCCAAUCAGGGUUGUCAAGAAUUUGAGAAUAUGUGCCGAUUGUCAUUUGGCAAUCAAACUCAUAUCAAAGAUUUACAAUAGAGAAAUUGUUGUGAGAGAUCCUAGUCGAUUUCAUCAUUUUAGAGAUGGUUCUUGUUCAUGUAAAGAUUAUUGGUAAAAUUGAGUGAUUUAAGAGCACUCCAAAACCAGGUUUAUUAACUUUACAGUUAUUUAAGAAAAAUAAAGUUCUUAACAUCAGAUUUUACAUAAGGAUAAUCCUUCUUUUUGCAGAUUCAAAAUCUGUCUAAUUGUCAAAUAAUUUAUGCACUUUCUUAAGAACUGAAAGUGCAAGUUUCUUUGAGAGAUCAUAAAAGAUGUGUAUGAUUUCCAGGAUAUGAAGCAAUUCAAAGGCAGAAUACAAAGCGCAAUACUUCCUUUUACGACUUGUAUGUUGUUGAUGAGCAGUUAGAGCAAGCAGUGAUCAAUUUGGUCAGAAAUACUGAUGCAGCAUCGCGAAGAUCUUCUCAUUUGUUUUUGACUAGUAGAUAAAUGAAAAGCUUUUAUCGUGGAGACUGAACUCAAGAUUUGUACACAUAAUUAAUUUUCUCAACUGUAUUUGUAUUCUGCAUUGAAAGAUGAUAACUACAGAAACUAAAGUGUAGAUUACAAUUAAAA